AUGGAGAAGCCACCAGCGCCGCCUUCCACCACCUUCGUCCAGGCCGACGCCGCCACCUUCAAGGAGCUCGUCCAGCGCCUCACCGGGCCCGACUGGCAGCCGCACCGAUCGCCUCCGCGAAACUCCCAGGCCGCGGUCGACGCCGCAAAACUGUCCGGCGUCAAGCGGCUCCACGAGCGGCGGAGAGUCGGGGGCGGCUCCCGGCUCAACGUCGCCGUCCCGAAACCGGCCAGCCCCUCGGCACCGUCGCCGGCGUCUGGCUUUGCCAGGCUGGAUAUAUGGAAGGAGGAGGCGGCGGAGGGGGGAGACGAGGAGGUGAUCGUCAUCGACGAAGAGGAGGAGGAGCGGGCGAUCAAAGAGAGGCGGUUCUAUUUGCACCCGUCGCCCCGGUCCAGGACGAGGAUGGCCGAACCGGACCUUCUGCCCCUGUUUCCAUUGACCUCGCCGAAGGCCGGCGAACCGUGA